ACGGCCGCCGAUUCACCUGCACUCCGAGAGGGGGGACAGACAUCCAGCAGCCAGCCAGCCAUCCGAGCUGGACGCUGUGGCGGAGCUAAGCAGACCGAGACAGGACAGGAGAAGGUUUUUAAACCUUUCUCUGGGAAAAAACAAAAAUAGCUGAGAUGAGAGUCCAAUAACACCUUAAGAGCUUUCCCACUUCUACAACCUGUCUCUUAACACAUCUCGGAGACGGGGCAGCCAGAGGCACGGCGUUAAACAGCACUCCGCUCACAAACUCUCCAACUCACAUCCGGAGGAAUUUUAAUAGUUCACCGCAACAACCGGCCACAAUGUACCGCUCAACCAAAGGAGCCUCCAAGGCUCGACGGGACCAGAUCAACGCCGAGAUCCGGAACCUGAAGGACUUGUUGCCCAUAUCCGAUGCAGAUAAAGCGCGGCUCUCAUACCUGCACAUCAUGUCACUCGCCUGCAUGUACACCAGGAAAUCCGUCUUCUUCACUCAAGGAGCGGGAACUGCUGCUAGUCUUGAGGAGAGCGCAGGGUUUCUGUCUUUCCACGAACUGUCGGAGUUGAUGCAGGCGCUGCCGGGGUUUCUGAUGCUGCUGACUGGGGAAGGGAAGCUCCUGUACCUGUCAGACAGCGUCUCCGACCACCUCGGACACUCCAUGGUGGAUCUUGUGGCACAGGGGGACAGCGUGUAUGAUAUAAUCGACGCCUCAGACCACUUCAUCAUGAGGACCAACCUGUCAACCUCUACAUCACUUGAGAUGGACCGUCUCUUCCGCUGUCGUUUCAACACUUCCAAGUCCGUGCGGAGGCAGAGUGCUGGGAACAAGCUGGUUCUGAUCCGAGCUCGCUGCCUCUCCCCCCCAAUCACCACUCCUGCCGCCGGGUCCUACUGGACCUCUAACCCUGUCUGGGUGUGUUUCUGCUCCCCGCUGGAGCCCCACCCAACCCGCUCCGGCCCCGGGGCAGAGAGGGAGUCGACCUCCGCCCCUCCCCUGGCUGACACCAACUUGUUCCUGGCAUGCUUCUACUCGCAGCAUGGCCGAGACUUGAGGCUGCAGACUGCGCAGGACAGUGUGAGCGCCUAUCUUGGCUUUGAUGUGACAGCUUUACGCUCUCGCUCUUGGUACAGCCUCCUCCACCCACAGGAUCUGUCACAUGCCUCCGCUCAGCACCGCAGCCUAUUGAGAGAAGGAGGAGAGGGCAGAGCUGAAAUGGUGGUGCGUGUGCAAGCUCUGGACCAGUCGUGGGUUUGGCUCUACAUGGUACUUCAACUGCAGCCUGGAGAAAUCCCCAUCAGCAGCAACAACUACAUCAUCAGUGACUCUGAGGCCUGGUCAGUGCGUCAGCAACUGGGCUCAGAGCAGACCCAGCUGACCCUGGUUCUGAGUGCUGGUACAUCUCAACAGGAGGGUUUGAGCCUCCAGUCUCCAGAAACCCUGUCAAGCCCAGACCAGGUCUUCACCCCAGGCAGCAGCGGCCUGUCUGCCCAGUCCUUUGACUUCAGCACUGCUGGCUGCAGUGUAGGCUCCUCUGAUGAACCAGGGAGCUCUGCUGCUGAGGCCAUGCAGUUGGAGGGUGACCCUCGCUCCAGUAUCUCCUCUCUGGAGGAAGAAAGCUUCUUUCAGCAGCAUCCUACUGAAAGCCCCUCAGCUGCCUCCUCCCCCACCCCAGUCACCGUCGAAACAGUAGCAGACUUAGACUUUUUAACCCAGAACAUUCUCCUGCCGCCCUCCUUCCAGCUCGACCCUCCACUGCCAGCUCUCCCCCUGCCCCUCCCCCCAGUGCCCACCUCGCAAGCUCAACAGACCAAAGAGUUUGUGUGCACACCACCCUACACUCCCCAGAUCAGCGGGGCUAGCUUCCCAUUCGGUGAACCCCUCUUCAGCUUCGACCCUACUGGCACUACCACUCCUCCACCCUCUGCUACAACAACUACUGCUACCACCUCACUGGCCCCUGCAGCUUCCUCCACUGCCCCACCAACUACCACCUCCAGCCCUGCUCCCCCCAGAGAGAGGGAGAAGGAGAGGGCAGAAAUCUCCCUCUUAGCUCAGCAUAUCAGCUCACUGGCAGAGGGAUUCUACCUGGAUCCACUCUUGUCCAAACUCUCUCCCCCCUCCAUGUCACCCUCAUCCUCCCCUCCCUCCCCCUUCCUGUCUCCCACUAUAGAAACUGCUGAUGUUGAUUCAGUCCACAUGCUUAGGGAGUUUUAUCCCAUCAAAACAUGGAGAGGUCUGGACAUUCCCAUGUUCCUCGACGAUGAUGAUUCUCUGUUUGAAGAGAGCAUCCUAGAAACCCUCCUCCAAGACGACUUCACUCCUCCUCAGCCCACGGGCCUCUCCUCUCCCUCCCCUUCAACCUCCCCUAUGCCCAAUCCCUCUAGCCCAACCUCUUCUCAAACCCCAGUAUGCUGGCGCCAACCCUCCCAGUUUGAGGGAGUGGGCCACUUCUGUAGCGUCCAAUCGGCGCAAUGUAACUCCAUGGCUGGGUGCGGCGCGACUGUGGCUGCUGAGGCCGGGGCAAAUAUGGAAGGGGAGGGGCUAGCGGAGGAAGCAAUGGAGAUUGAGGUGGUGUCAUCUCCUGUGUCCUCUUGCUCCUCCAUCCCAGCUUCCCCUCCUCUCAUCCUCACUGCCUCCCCCAGCCCCGCCACCUCCACGCCCAUCGCCUCACCCACGCCCGCUGUGUCUUGCACUCAGUCCCUCCUGGAGGAACUGGCCGUCCUGGAACCCAUGUUUGGGGCAGGUGCCUCGAUCGCCCCUGGCUUAGGGCAACAACCUGAGUUGUAUCAACUCCAAUGUCAUCCAUCGCCACAGUGCUUCCACAAAGAUGGGAGUGGAAGUGUUCCUCCGUUCUAA